AUGGAAGAAGCGGAUGUUAUCCUUGGUUUUAGGAUAAAGAAAGGGAAUGGCUCAAUAAGUUUAGCACAAUCGCAUUAUAUUAAGAAAGUGAUUAAGAAGUUUAGUGGGUUGGAUAGUUCUCUCAUGUCUACUCUAAUGGACCUAAAUGUUUCUUUGGUUCCAAAUGGAGGAGGUCUGGUUUCACAAUUGGACUAUGCUAGAUUGGUUGGAUGUAUGAUGUAUGCUAUGACAAGCACUCGACCGGAUAUAGCGUUCGCCGUAGGCAAGCUAUGUAGGCGUACUUGUAAUCCAAGUAUGAAUCAUUGGCAAUCUCUAAGUCGUGUUCUAAGGUAUUUGAGGAAAACCAUGGAUUAUGGUAUGGUUUACAAAGGAGUAGAUCCUUCGAAUUUAGAAGGGUAA